AAGAGGCGGGAUACAUCGUUGCGCAGAAUCGUAUCGGCUAUGGUGUUGCACGUUAACACGAGUUAGACGAGCCGUAUUUAAUUGUGCAUCAGUGUGAAAAGGGACCUUGGAAAGAAUGCUGUCGAUAGUACAUACGGUCUCGCCCUCGAUAAUCACUCUUUUAAUAUUCGCCUGUUAUUCGGAGGUCCAUGGUACUUCAAUAAAAUCGUUGGACAUGCCGCACAUCGUACGCAACGGCACCGGACCGGUGGAUCUGAUUUGCAUCUAUGAGAUUGAUAAAGACGACAACGGACUAGUAAUCAAAUGGUUUCACGAAGCGUAUCAAAUCUAUCAGUGGAUUCCGCCAAUGUUACCGCAAGAUAUUGGAAUCAUUAAAGAUUUCGCGGAAUAUCCGGCUGAAAACUUGAAGAAUCCGUAUUCGCAUUCUAUAAUUCGAUUGAAGACCAUUACAAUCGACAUGACAGGGGAAUAUAUGUGCACAAUCAGUACGUUCCAAUAUGAGGCGAGUGCUUCAGCGAAAAUGAUUGUUUAUGUACCGGAAAGCGACAUGACGGUGCGCACGUAUCCAUUCAACAAGACUCACGUGAAUUUAACGUGUGCAGUGACGGGUGCACAACCACGACCGUCUUUGAGACUUUACGUCGAAGGAAUCGAGAGAAAUGAAUCUUCAGAAUCUUCGAUAGAUUGGCACAAGGAUGAUCCUCGGGUAUCGCUAGAUGUCAUUAUCGAGGACAUGUUGGAUCCCACGGUCAUCGAAUGCGAAAUGUUGAUUCCCGAUACGGAAUAUAAGCGCCGGGAACGGAUUGUCUACUACCCUACGCAAUUGCUACCCUAUCGCACAAACAUUUCACAAGGGAGACAUAACGUGAUGUUGCUUAUUGAUAUUUUUUAUGUUACUGUUCUCAGAUUGAUAUUAACAUAAAAGAUUAAAGUAGACUCAGCAAUUAACUCUAGAAAAAUACCAAGUAUUUAAUGCAUGUUUAUUUUAGAAUCCAAGAAUAUUCGAUGCAAAGAAAGGAAAUAAAAGCGCUUAUCAGUAUAUUCUUAAAUGGAUCAUACAUUAAAAAUCUAUUUUUCUAAACAUAAUUUUCUAUAUGUACGCGUUAUUCACCAAGUGGCUUCAAUUGUUCAAUAAUUUUAACAAUUAGCAUUCGCGAUUUGAUUUCGUCACGUUAGAUAUUGCUAUUGAAACGACAAGCGAUUGCGUUGAGGGUGGGGAUGAGAUAGAGAUGAUCUUGGUGGUAGGGAUGAUAUCUAGAAGUAGCGGUCCCUCAAGAUUAUCAUUCGCUUCUCGGCACUCGCCUGUAAAGGCAUUCACCUUCAAAAUCAUCAAACUUCCAAACUCAUCAACUGUCGUUCUGUUAUAAACACGACUACUUCAUAAAAAUGAAUCAUCCCUGGGUCCUGCUUUUUCUUGCAGAGAUGUUAAAUUAGAUAAGAGAUCGUCUAUUGAAGUUCAUCGGCUGAUAAUGAUGAUCCAGAAUGAAAACUGCGAAAGUUAAAAAAAGUUUCGUAAAGAUAUGCAUUAGUUUGCAUAAUACGAUCGAGUAUGUGCGCUGUGGACUUUUGGGGAGACCGUUUCAUGCGAUCAAUGUGGGCGAGAAUGCGCCGAUAUUUGCGGCACUCGACAGUUUCGCGCCUGUUGCUUCAACAACAUGCGGAAGAGACAUUCUGAUUUCUUCGGUCUGAAAUUUUGGAUGAGACCACGAAGAUACGCGAUUCACCUGUACCCGGCCUAUGACGCUUAAUCAUCACGCCAUAUAUCUUAUGUAUAAAUAUGGAAAUACCCUUGACUAGAAACUAGUUACUGUGUGCUUCAAUGUUAUAUUCUUCGCAUCGUUUUAAUUAGAAUUGCAUAAUGUCGUUUUUGUUUCUCCCCUUUCAAUUCUUCUCUUCCUCCCCAUAAAGGAAUUCGCUUGUCGAUGCUCUUAAUUGCGAUUAAAAGUAUGCAUAGCAGCAGAUAUCCAGAUAUAAUUCCUUAUAUAAUAUAAUAAUCUCUUAUCCGAGUUUAUGUAUAUAUCAUUAUAUAAAAA